UCGAUUUCAUCUAUGGAUAGUGAGAAACACUGAGAUCUAAAUCUUACUGCUUCAUGACAGCUUAGAGCAGGUUUCAGCAUGGAGCGACGUUUCAGAUCUCAGUUUCUGCAUUGCAUUCUGAUCCUUCUUGUCGUUGUGAAUCUUUCUUGGAGUUCGGUUUCUGCGGAUAAUCGUCGCCCGAAGAACGUUCAGGUUUCACUUCAGGCCAAGUGGUCUGGAACUCCAAUAGUAUUGGAAGCCGCUGAAUUACUAUCUAAAGGAUGGAAGGACCUAUUCUGGGACUUCAUUGAGGUCUGGCUACGUGGAGAAAAAGAUUCUGAUUCUUCUACAGCCAAGGAUUGUGUUCAUGAAAUUGUGAAGCAUGGGCAGUCUCUUUUAGGUGAACCAUUGGCAUCACUCUUUGAAUUCUCUCUUACUCUUCGUUCAGCAUCCCCAAGGCUGGUGCUGUACCGACAAUUAGCAGUGGAAUCUUUAUCUUCUUUUCCCUUAGUGGAUGAAACUAGUGCAAAUGAUCUUGGAAGGGACAUUUCUGAGCCAGAUAGAGACAUAAGCAGCAAGAAGGAUGACCACUUGUUAGUAGGCAUGAACCCCAUAAGUCCUGGUGGUAAAUGUUGCUGGGUUGAUACUGGUGGGACAUUGUUUUUUGAUGUCUCAGAAUUGUUAUUGUGGCUUGGUCACCCCACUGUACUACCUGGGGAUCCAUUUGAGCAGCCUGAACUUUAUGAUUUUGAUCACAUUCAUUUUGAUUCAAGUACUGCUAGUCCAGUUGCUAUUUUGUAUGGAGCUCUUGGAACAGCAUGUUUCAAAGAGUUUCAUGUUGUCCUAGCAGAAGCAUCAAGAAAGGGAAUUGUUAGAUAUGUUGUUAGACCUGUGUUACCUUCUGGUUGUGAAGCAGCAAGUGGUCACUGUGGUGCUGUUGGUGCAAAGGAUGCCCUUAAUUUGGGUGGUUACGGGGUGGAGCUUGCUUUGAAGAAUAUGGAAUAUAAAGCUAUGGAUGACAGUACAAUAAAGAAAGAUGUCACUCCAGAAGAUCCUCGUACUGAAGACCUUAGUCAAGAUGUCAGAGGGUUCAUCUUUUCCAGAAUCCUGGAACGUAAACCUGAGCUGACCAACGAAAUAAUGGCUUUUAGGGAUUAUAUGUUGUCAUCAACCAUGACAGAAUCAGAUACUCUUGAUAUUUGGGAAUUAAAGGAUUUAGGACAUCAAACUGCACAAAGGGUAGUUCAUGCAUCUGACCCUUUGCAGUCAAUGCUGGAAAUCAGUCAAAAUUUUCCAAGCGUCGUUUCUUCUUUAUCUCGCAUGAAGCUCAACAAUUCAAUUAAAGAUGAAAUAAUAACAAAUCAGCGAAUGAUCCCAGCUGGCAAAUCCUUAAUGGCUCUAAAUGGUGCUUUAAUCAAUAUCGAAGAUGUUGACCUUUAUCUGUUAAUGGAUUUGGUUCAUCAAGAACUGUCACUGGCUGAUCAAUUUUCGAAGUUGAAGAUUCCUCAAAGCACUAUUAGAAAGCUGCUCUCUACAGUACCUCCUGAAUCGAAUACAUUCCGUGUUGAUUUUCGAUCUGCCCAUGUCCAUUACCUCAACAACUUGGAGGAGGAUGCAAUAUACAAGAGAUGGCGGAGCAAUUUAAAUGAUCUUUUGAUGCCAGCAUUUCCUGGCCAGCUUCGUUAUAUCCGCAAAAAUAUAUUCCAUGCUGUUUAUGUACUUGAUCCUGCUUCAAUUUGUGGACUUGAGUCAAUCGACAUGAUUAUAUCUAUGUAUGAAAAUUACUUUCCAGUAAGAUUUGGAGUAAUACUUUAUUCAUCAAAGCUAAUCAAGGAGAUUGAAGAGCCUGCUGGUGAAAAAGCGGAUAUUGGUCACACAGAAGAGGAUAUAUCCAAUUUGGUUAUACGUCUCUUUAUGUAUAUCAAAGAGAACCAUGGGAUACAGAUGGCUUUCCAGUUUUUGAGCAAUGUAAAUAGACUACGUGGAGUAUCAGAAGAUCCUAUUGAAGAAACUCUUGAAGUGCAUCAUGUGGAAGGAGCAUUUGUUGAAGCACUGCUACCUAAAGCAAAAUCUCCUCCUCAAGAUAUCUUACUAAAACUUGAAAAGGACUUGACAUUCAAAGAAAAGGCCGAAGAAAGUUCUCUUUUUGUUUAUAAGCUGGGCUUGUCUAAGCUGCGGUGUUGCCUCUUGAUGAAUGGGCUCAUCUAUGAGUCUAACGAGGAGGCUGUUAUUAAUGCUAUCAAUGAUGAGCUGCCAAAAAUUCAAGAACAAGUUUACUUUGGAAAUAUAAAUUCGCACACGGAUGUGCUAGAUAAAUUUCUAUCUGAAAAUGGUUAUCAACGCUAUAACCCUCAGAUUAUUGGAGAAGGUAAGGACCAAAAGAAGUUUGUAUCACUCUCUGCAUCAGUUCUUGGAAAUGAGUCCGUGUUUAAUGAUAUCAACUAUUUGCAUUCUCAUGGAACUGUGGAUGAGUUAAAGCCAGUCACUCAUCUUCUUGCUGUUAAUAUCUUGUCAAGGGAUGGACUGAAGUUAAUUCGUGAAGGAAUACAAUACCUGAUGGAAGGCUCGAAAAGAGCCCGUGUGGGUGUAGUAUUUACUUCCAGUAAUGAUGACACAUCCCUGGAUCUCCUUUUUAUCAAGGUUUUUGGGCACACUGUUUCCUCAUUUAGUCACAAACAGAGUGUGUUGGAAUUUUUGGAUCAGCUGUGCUCCUUCUAUCAAAAACAGUAUAUUCUUGGUUCUUCAUUUGAGGCUGGAAGUGCUGUCACAUUUAUAGAAAAAGUUUGUCAAUUAGCUGAGAAAAAUGGAUUGCCAUCUGAGGAUUACAAAACUGUGCUUUCUGAUUUGUCAAUGGACCGACUGAAGCAUUAUUUGGAUAGGGUCUCUCAUUUUUUGUACGGGCAACUAGGCCUUGAAAUGGGUUCUAGUGCAGUCAUUACUAAUGGAAGAUUAAUGUCUCUUGUUGGGAGAACCUUUGUGAGUCAUGAUCUGGGUCUCUUAGAAUCUUUAGAGUUUGACCAGAGAACAAAGCACAUCAUGGAAAUUAUUGGAGGAGUGGAGUGGCAAGAUGUUGACCCUGACAUUCUAACGAGCCAGUACAUUAGUGAUCUGAUCAUGUGUGUUUCUUCUUCCAUGGCUCUCCGGGAGCGAGGUUCCGAAAGUGCCCGUUUUGAAGUAUUGAAUUCAGAGUACAGUGCUAUUGUUUUGGCUAAUGAAAAUUCAAGUAUUCAUAUUGAUGCUGUAGUUGAUCCAUUAAGUCCGUCAGGCCAGAAGCUUUCUCCACUUCUUCGAGUACUUUGGAAAUGCAUUCAGCCAAACAUGAGGAUUGUACUUAAUCCAAUGAGCUCCCUAGUCGACCUUCCGUUGAAAAAUUACUACAGAUACGUGGUUCCAUCAAUGGAUGACUUCAGCCAUGUUGAUUAUUUGGUAAAUGGCCCUAAAGCGUUAUUUGCAAAUAUGCCAUUGACAAAAACUCUCACCAUGAAUCUCGAUGUCCCUGAACCGUGGCUUGUUGAGCCCAUUAUUGCCAUACAUGACCUGGAUAAUAUUCUUCUUGAGAACCUGGGAGAAACAAGGACAUUGCAAGCGGUAUUUGAACUUGAUGCACUUCUUCUGACUGGGCAUUGCUCUGAAAAGGAUCAUGAUCCUCCCCGAGGCCUUCAGUUGAUUCUUGGAAAGAAGAACAUGCCACAUUUGGUUGAUACCAUUGUAAUGGCAAAUUUGGGGUAUUGGCAAAUGAAAGUUUCUCCUGGGGUCUGGUACCUGCAGCUUGCUCCUGGUAGAAGUUCUGAUCUCUAUUUGCUGAAGGAAAAUGGAGUCCAGAAAUCAAAGCAGAUCAUUAUAAGUGAUUUGCGGGGUAAACUAGUCCAUUUGGAAGUACUGAAGAAAAAGGGAAAAGAGCAUGAGCAAUUGUUAGAUUCCUCUGUUGAUGAUAGGCACACAGUGAAGAAGGGAGAUCAUAAUAGUUGGAACACCAAUUUGUUGAAGUGGGCUUCUGAUUUGUUUAGUGGAAAUGAGCAUGCAGAAAAGAGUAGAAACACUUUAGCGGAGAAUGGAAAGGGUGGAAGACAGGGGAAGACAAUAAAUGUAUUUUCAAUUGCUUCAGGACACUUGUACGAACGCUUUCUCAAAAUCAUGAUCCUCAGUGUUCUUAAAAACACACAGCGGCCAGUGAAAUUCUGGUUCAUAAAGAACUAUCUUUCUCCUCAGUUUAAGGAUUUUAUUCCUCAUAUGGCUCAGGAAUAUGGUUUUGACUAUGAGCUCAUCACUUACAAGUGGCCUACAUGGCUUCAUAAGCAGAAAGAAAAGCAGAGGAUUAUCUGGGCAUAUAAAAUCCUAUUCCUCGAUGUUAUUUUUCCUCUUUCAUUGGAAAAGGUUAUAUUUGUUGAUGCAGAUCAAAUUGUUAGGGCAGACAUGGGAGAGCUAUAUGAUAUGGAUAUAAAAGGAAAACCUCUUGCAUAUACUCCUUUUUGUGACAAUAAUAAGGAUAUGGAUGGGUAUCGCUUUUGGAGACAAGGUUUUUGGAAAGAACAUUUACGGGGAAGACCAUAUCACAUAAGUGCCUUGUAUGUUGUUGAUCUGGUGAAGUUCCGACAAACUGCGGCAGGGGACAAUCUUAGAGUUUUCUAUGAGACCCUAAGCAAGGACCCAAAUAGUUUAUCAAAUCUUGAUCAGGAUCUUCCAAACUAUGCCCAGCACACAGUACACAUUUUUUCAUUGCCCCAAGAAUGGCUUUGGUGUGAGUCGUGGUGUGGGAAUGCAACAAAAUCCAAAGCAAAGACCAUAGAUCUAUGUAACAAUCCAAUGACAAAGGAGCCCAAGCUUCAGGGUGCCAGGAGAAUAGUUUCUGAGUGGCCAGAUCUUGAUUUGGAGGCAAGAAGAUUCACCGCCAGAAUUUUAGGUGAAGAAAUAGAAGCCCACGACUUGUUACCUCCGAAGAUGGACAGUUCAGUCAAGAGCAGUCCAGAAGAGGACACGGAAGCCAAAUCAGAGCUGUGAAUACUAUUUUCCUUUACCCUUUAACUAAUGCUCUUCAAAAGCUGAAUGGGGAGAUCUAGAGAAUCAUGGUGCAGUAAUUGCAUAUUUAAUCUAAUUCACCUGCUCUCUCUUUAUCUUACCAUAUAUGAUAUGGGUUAAUUUUAGCUAGACCUUUUCAAGCCCUUGUACAUCAGACCUGUGUCCUGUGAUGACAAAUUCAACCAAAGCAGCCAUAAACAAAACUUCUAGAAAAUUACAUAUUAUGUGGCACUUAUUUUUAUCUUGUAAUCGUAACCAACAUUGAUCAGCAAAGCAGUUUUGUGACGGCUUAGCUUACAGAAGACCCCACACCAAGGUGCUAGACAAAUUUUGAUCAUUCUAAGCAGUACAACUUAGUUUGUAAUAAUUAUUAUUUUAUAUUUAUUUGCACUCUUUUCAGUCA